UCUCUCAGUUUGACCCCCAGCGGAAGUAAAACAAAAGGCUCCAGCAUCAGGUUGUGUGGACUCAUCUAGAAAACGGUUGAUUUAUUGUUCCUCAGCUGAUAUUUCAGUAACAAUGUCUUCAGCUCAGCAUCUCAGAGAGUUUAUCAGAGAGAGACUAACUGCUGCUGCGGAAGAAAUCUUCACCGAGGUUGAAAAAACCAUCAUUUGCUACGAGGAAGAGCUCGAUGCUCAGCGCAGAAUGAUGGGGAUCAACUGGAAACCAGAAAUUAAGCUACACAGAAUCGGUUCGGAGCUGCAGAGACAAAGUUCUGGCGUCCAGAAUCCUCGUGUUUCUGCUGCUGCCGUCCAGCAGGUUGGUGAGGAGAAGAUGUCCAGUGAGGAGAGGACGUCCAGUGAGGAGAAGAUGUCCAGUCAUGAUGAGGAUGAAGCUGAAUCUCACUUUACUGAUAAUCUUGUUAAAGUUAUUUCUCCCAUGACAACUGAAGAGGAACAGAUGGAACCAGAACCUCCACUGGCUGAAGAACAUUGGGAACCAGGAUCUCUGUGGAUUAAAGAGGAAGAGGAGGAGGCAGAGUCUGCAGUGUUUAACUUUGAACAGCAGGAACCAGAACCAGAACCAGAACCAGAACCUUCACUGACCAGGCAGAACCAGAAGCAGGGAGAACAGCUCGACCAGAACCAGUUUGCUGCUUUGAUGGAGACUUUCACACUUCAGGGUCGGGAUCUGAGUGACGGAGAACCGAGAACUGAGGAUUCUUCCUUUCACGUCUCUCCUGAAGCCGAGAGCAGAGGACAGGAAGGAAGCAGCUCCACCGGGUCGGGGAGUCGGUCCCACACCGACACCAGGACUGGACCUUUCAGCUGCGGUGUGUGUGGGAGACUAAUGAAGAAUAAAUACGACUUAAAGCAGCAUUACAUGACCCACACUGGAGAAAAACCUUUUACUUGUGAAACAUGCAGUAAAAGUUUUGCUAGACGUUCUCAAUUAAAUGUUCACUAUAGAACCCACACCGGAGAAAGGCCUUUUACUUGUCCGAUAUGCAAGAAAAGUUUCUUUCAAAUCGGUCAUUUAAAUGUCCACAAGAACAUUCAUACAGGUGAGAGGCCUUUUUCUUGUGAAACAUGUGGGAAAAGUUUCACUCGACGUUAUCUAUUAAAUCUUCACCGGAGAAACCACAUGGCUGAGAGGCCUUUCUCCUGGGGGGGCUUUAUGAAAAGCUUCUAGAAUGAAACCUGUCAGAUCAUCAUGGAAAAAGUCCCACUGCCUUUCCUGUGUGGGUUUGGAGUGAACAUGUUUCCACUCAGUCCAGAUAUCUCCAGAAAAUCAUUGAAAUCAGUCUAAAUGAAAUGUGCAGCAGAAAACCUGGAAGAAGCUCAUAGACUGAGGAGUCGACUCAAACUGAUUCACUAUUAAACGUUUUUAAACUUUUCUUAAAGUGUUUUAGACUAUAAAGUUACUGAUUCAUCCUUAGAAAUGAAGCUGAGAUGUUCUUUAAAAAGCUCAUGAAGCCUCUGGACACCAGCAGCUCUGACCUAAUGGACAAACAUCUUCACACCAUCAGAUGGGACCAGAAAUCUUUGCACUGGUUUCAUGGAUGCAGUUCAGCACGGUGGUGGAGGGCUGGUGAUGUGGGCUCCUUUUACUCUUCAGAGUACCAAAGUCUUGUAGACCAAACCAGAGUCCAUCUGUCCAGCAGCUGAAGUUUAGUCCAAAUACUGUCGUCAACAUAACCGCAGAUCUACAACAGGAAGGACCAAAGUAAUGAAAUGUAGAGUUGGAAUGGCCUAAUCAAAGGCCGGACUUCAACCUUAUUAUAUCCUAUAUCCUGAUCCUAAACUUAAAUCAUCUACAGUGGGGUUGUAGAGAAAACUUUUCUCCACACCAACGGUGAUAAAAUAACUUUUUGUUGAAAUCCUGAAACUGAAGUUUAAUUUCAUAAAUUCAUAAACUCCUGAUGAUUGUCGACAUUCUUCAUUUGAUUUUUCAAUGUUUUUCUUAAGAACUUUUGAGUUUAUUCCAUUUAUUGAUAAUGUUUUUAGACUUUUACUGUGAAAACCAAAAUGUUUGAAUAGUUCAGCAGUUUUUCACUUUGUGUUUGAAUAAAUUAAACAUUUGGUUUUAUAAUGAAUUUAAACAGGAAUUAAAUUUGCUUUGGUUGUAAUUGUUGCUGCUGUGGUUUUUACAGGACAGCAGAUUGUGAAAGAUGUUCAUUUAUGAUGAAGUAUAGAUAUUGUUUUGUAGACGUGCCGUCUGGUUUUACAGAUCCAGUUGUAAUAGUUCUACAGUUUGGAUGAGAUUUAUUCUGAUUUGUCCAAAAUCAUUGUGCUGUGAAAUGUUCUUGGUUUUAAAUAAAGUCUGAAUGUCUUCA